GGGAAAUCCUCCCCCCGGGUCAGGUGGCGCCCAGUCUGUCACAAAAGUUGCGCUACAUCGGAGCAAAGCAGAAUUCACCGCUUUGGCAGGAAGGGAACCCGAGCAGGUGCUGAAAGUCGGAAAUGGAGUUCGGCUGCAGAUAUAUUUAUGUCAACGACAAAAACAUCAAUAGAGACAAUGAGAAAAUACAUACCCACCUCCCGUCAGUGGAGAUCCACUCAAAUGCACAAUCUCCUUCCUUGGUUACCAGUUCAUAUGAUAAUUUCAUUCCCAUUGAAUGUCCCCCUGCCUAUGACAACUCUACUGGGACUUCUGUAGCCACGGAGGUUCCUGCACUGAGACCCCAGCUCUCACCCAAGCCAGAGCGAAGGACAAAUGGCCCUGCCAGGCCUCAUUCCCCACUGAUAGCCGAUUUAGUACAGAAAAUUGCUCUACAAAAAGCCACCACUUUCCAGGAGGCACCCUGUUCCAAUGCACUGCCAAGUCCCCAUCUGAAUGUACAGCCAUCUGGUCCUACAGAAAGAAAGACACCCCCUCCCAUUCCUGAACGUAGGAAGAAACCCUCCAUGAUUCAGCACCAAGAUGUUUCUGGUCCUGGAAGCGUGCCCUAUGAUAACUUCCGACCUACUGAGGAAUCUCAGCCAAACAAUCAAACUACAGAUGUGUACUAUGAAACACCUCUUGACAGCGAGUAUCCGUGUGCGCUCCAAUCACCUUCCCCAGAGCUGGAAAGGUCAAAGACUCCACCUCCUGUUCCAGAGCGGAAGAAGAGGACUUCACUGGUUCCACCAACUUCUAUGUUCAAUGAACCACCCAAUAGCGUUUACGUGGAAGUACUUCCAGCAUCUGCCUCAGAGAUGGAAAGGUCAAAGAGUCAUUCAUUGUUUCCACCAGCUUCACCUCAGUUGGAAGAAAACAAAGUGAAAGAACAGUUACAGGCAAACUGCAAUGUUCUGCUCCUCAAUCUUGGGAAGCUGGUGGAUAUCUCAGGUACAGCCAACUCUGUCAAGCCCACUGUGUGUUGCAGAUGCUCUGCCGCUUUAUCCAAGGUCAACCCUGGCCUAGAGAACCAGACCUGGUGUUGUGCUUUUUGUGGCUGUGAAAAUACCAUGCCGGCCGGUGCACACAUUGAGAACUUUACAGAAGAUCAAAUCUGCCUCUCGGAUCCACUGCCCGGACGAACUCCUGACGAUGACUCCAUAUUAAUAUUCUGUGUUGACAUAUCUGGGAGUAUGAGUGUGACAUCAGAGAUAGAAAGUGAGCAGAACUUAAAUGGUAAUCACGCGCUCUACAUAACAAGAAUGGAGGCUUUGAAAGCUGGUCUUUUACAGUCUCUUGAUUAUCUUUAUAACCAACAUCCAAAGAAAAGGGUUGUGCUCAUCACUUUCAGUGACCAGGUAAUGAUAUAUGGGGACGGCACAUCCCCACCUCAUAUCCUGGAUGAUACGGAGCUGCUGGAUCCUGAUUACUUAAGAUCCUGUGGAGAAACCCAGCCCAUGCCUCACACAUUAGAAGAAACACUGACAGCAUUGAAGUCAAGGAUUGGAAGUUUGUAUGAAAUGGGAGCAACGGCACUUGGACCAGCAGCAUUGGUCUCCAUAGCAAUGGCUGCUCAGAAACCAGGAUCCAAGGUGAUCAUCUGCACAGACGGCAGAGCCAACACGUACCUGGGGAACCUGGACGAUAUUGCUGAAGAGCAUGCCUAUCAGUCUUCCAGACUCUUCUACAGCAACUUGGCCAAUUUGGCUCUUCAGCACAGUGUGGUAGUGUCGGUGCUGACCAUAGAAAGGACUGACUGCAGGCUGCAUGAGCUGGGCCAGUUAGCUGAUAAAACUGGAGGCAAGGUGAAUAUUGUCCACCCUCUGAACUUGGCCCAAGAAUUCCAAUCUAUUCUGGAAGAAGAGAUCAAUGCUACAGAUGUAAAAGUGAGGGUUUACCUACCCAGUUACAUGUAUUUUGUGUUUGAGGGGCACUCCAUGCCCGUAUUGGAGCGAGCUAUCGGAAGCACCACGCCUGAUACUGUGCUGUCUUUGGAGUUUGACAUCCAUUCAACCCUGAUUCAGGAUGCAUUGCGCCACUCCCAACUACCAGUCCAAGUGCAGCUGACAUUUUGCCGGCAGGACGGAAGGAGAGGCCACAGGAUUCUGACUCAGAGGAGGCCAGUGACCAAUGACUGUUUAGCUGCGCUGGAAGCCCUUAAUAUGAGUGUCCUGCAGAUCCACAGUGCCCAGAUAAGUGCCCAUCUCGCUAUGGAAGGACGUGUGGAGGAGGCCACUAAGGUGGCUCUGGCGCUGAAAGGACUCAUUGCUCAGAUUAUGAAACACGAGAAGUAUGAGGCAAGUAAUGAUGUGUAUGAGGAGUGGGAGAACACCAUGUCACCCAUCUAUGAAGAUUUGCAAGUAUAUGGAAAUUCAAUCAAGAGACAACGUGAACAAGGAAACACACAUGUCCCUGCUGUGAAAGGUUUUACAGAUGAAAUGGCAAACAUGAUGUUCCACCUGAAGCAGGCCAAGAACAAAGUGAUGAAAAAGCUGAAGCACCAGGCCCAAUAAAUAGGAAAUAUAGGAGGGCAAGGAGGCGUGGCUAACUGAGAAGCCGCGGAAUUCCAUGGUGUGGGGGAGGAGUUAAUGAUGUGCAACUGUGGAAUCUCAUUUUCCCACCAUCAGGUCGAGGGCAGCUCUUCUGGGAAGUAUUUGUCAGGUUACAAGGACACUAUUUAUUAUGAGGUAUCAUGGGCUGGAAGUUACCCCAACAGAUAUAUUACUGACACUUUCGUAACUUCAUCCUCUGAUGGUCCUGAGUUGCAUUAGCUUUAAAUACUGGGUCACUGGCUGAAAGUGUAAAUUACCUAAAGAAGGGGUAUGCAGACUGUGAACCUUCAGCUGUUGUUGUACUGCAACUCUCAACAUCUAUAGUUAUAUUGCAUUCUUAAUAUAGGUAAGCAAAUAAAAUAGAAAAUUAUUUUUUAGCACGGUUGCUGGCGUUAAAUCAUAUUGCGGUCUGACUGGAGUUUUAGAAACCGUAAGGAUGGGUAAGAUGUUACUAUAACCAACCUGUAGGUGUCAGCACUGGCACACAAGGAAAUAGGAGGGGAAAAACAAUGAUCUAAAACAUUAUACCCACAAAACCUAUUUUACAUUUCUUGCAUUUUAUAUCAUGUGUAUCCUGGUCCCUGAGAAGUGUUUGUUUUGUUUUUUUUUAACAUUUCUUUUAUUGAGCAAUCAGAUAAAACAGUCAUAUAUAGUGCAAUACAGUGGUUGUACUUGCUGCUAUUUACAAUAAAAUUUAAUACAACAACUAAA